GGUUACUAUGUGUGACUGUCGAGCUUACGUUAUCAGGGCUUCGACUUUUGUACUCUCCACCUCAACAAUAGGCGGUUUGUGUCCACUCCCCAAAGAUAUGUACAUGAACUCAACGGAUAUCACUGGGUCAUGGCGAGAGUUAUCUGUUUGGCUGCAUUACUGUUUCUCGUCGACUUCCGGGUCAGCCGGUGCGUUUCCGGUCAGCUUGAUACCAGUGUGUGUACACCGAAUUGGAAUGAUACAGCCAGCGCUCUGCCGGAGUUAGCAGAUACAUACCUUGCCCGAAUGGAAUGGAAAGUCAUUGAGCAGAAGAAAUGGGUCUAUGUGGAAGAAUUCUUUGACGGACCGGGCAAUAGAGCAGCCCUGAGGCUGACCGGGGUGUAUGACCCAGGGAAGGUCGUGUUGUUUAUAUCGGACUACACAACCAACGAAUACUUCACUAUACAAGAUAAUACGUGUGCAGUGACGAAGCUUGCUGCCGGUGAUACGUUCACCUUACCAUUCCAAAGUGUCAAUGGAACAGCAGCCGAGGUCCUGAGCGUGCAAAGCGCUGAAGUUCGGGCAGUUCUACAAUGAGACAUACAAGGGCACAGCCACAGUGAGGAACAUCUCGGCGCUGUACUGGGAGAGUUGCACCUACCACCAUGACACACAACAAACGAUCAAGAUCGACUUCUACUUCUCAGACGGAAAGACGUGGACAACUCCUUCUGGUGCCAUCAUGGCGCCUAUCAGGAGCUUGAUCCAUAGAAAAAUCGGCACCGGCACCAACAGCUAUGAGUCACACGAACAAUACGACAUCGUCUACUUCCAAGAGUACAUCGAUGAUUACAGUGUAUUUCAAAUUCCAGGGGGCAUCUACUGCGACGGGCGGAAGAAUACAAAAACUACUCCUAAUGUACCGAACUACUUUUCCUUCCGAGCAGAGAUGAUUGUCCCACAUUACAACGCUAUCGGGGCUUAUGACGAAUGGUACGACUAUAGCCGGAAGAUGGUGCGCAUUGACUCGAAACCAAUGCCAGGGGGACUGGUCUUCGUGCCGAUGGUUGCCAGAAGAGAAAUCCACGACUUCAACGCAGGUGUAUCAUACAUGGUGGACAUGGCGUCAGGUGACUGUCAGGUUGCUCCUCUCUCCACGGACGUCUUCGACUCCCAGCUGACCGACCUGAACCAUAUCAGCAUCAAAAGUCCAAAACAGUUCUUCGACUUCACUUCCGGAGCCUUCGUAUACUCUGGCCAGAAAACGGAACGUAGCAUCACCAUGGAUACGUGGAUAGGAAAAAGAAAGGAUUUUCCACCGGGUCUUAAUCAAACAUCCUUUUGGGAAUGGUACUUCUCUACAGAUAACUGGCUCAUAAGCGAGUUCGGACCGUCCAUCAGGAAAGCGCCAAUGAGACUUAAGAUCAACAUACCUGGGGUGAAUGCCACAUAUAUAUACAACAUAUUUGACUUCACGGAGGACGAGCCGGACAUCAUGAUGUUUGACGUCUCGGACUGCUAUGAGAAGGGAGACCUACGUAACUUCCGGUUCACACUCAAAGGUAACGCUUGGGCCAUCUCACCAAAACCCAAAUUGUUCAAAUACAACAUGGCUACCGCGAUAACCAACGCCAUGGGAAUCUCCGGUCCCAGGAUACAAGCCGUGCAGGCUGACUUCGACAACAAAGGCGUGUAUGUCGUAUUCACGUUGCUGGGACCGCCUCCGAUCAAAGGUGACACCGGCAACCCCAUCAACUCCAUCAGCUCAGACACCGCCGCCAACAACUUCCGUCGAACUCUGGACUCUGGCCAGUUUUCGUUUCAAUCAACCAUUGUCAAGCCUGUCUCGGGCACGCGAACCUACACAUACACCGGAGUACCACACUCCAUGAAGGAAGUGAUCAGGUCAUCUAACGGUACUCUAAUUGACCUCACGGAUACAACUACUUCCGGGCCAACCAUGGCCGUGCCCACUCUACACCAAGGGACCACUCUCCACCCUCCUCUUGCUAAGACAACGCAGCAAAGUCACAGCAGUCCGGUUGGUGCACCGUCGGGAUGGCAAGGAGGUUCUGUUGCCGGCAUAGCCAUAGGCAUGUCCAUUCUUGGAUUGUUUCUGGGAGUAAUCUCCACUUUAAUGGCGCUGAAAUUAAGGAAACCGGACGAAAUGAAAGACACACUGGUCAUGGAUAACAUUGAUAAAUGAUUAAAUAUGUUGCAUUCUUGGACACUAAAUCAAGUUUUUGUGAAAAACAAAAGAAUAUAAAUAUAUAAAUCACAUUCGUUGAUCUUAUUACUAAUUGAACGAAUGUAUGCCCACACGUAUUAACAAAGCAUUGCAUAAAACUAGCUGUUACUUGCAGUAGCAUAAAACAUUUGAUGCCUGGCUUUCAAAUAUUUUGUAUGUUUAAUGUCCCUCAAAUAUACUUAAAUUGUAUCUUGUUUAUGUACAUACCUAAGCAAUCGAAUUGCGUGGUACCUUACACCAUAUUUGUAGAUAUUGUGAGAACGUGAGAACAUUAAACUUUGAAAUAAGUA